AUGUUUAGAAGAUCAUUAUCAACAAUGUCGAACUACCUAUUCAAACCAAGUGCACAAGUUAGCUCAUUUGGACCAUCAGUAUGGUUAGAGUUCUCACCAUUAUCAAUCAAAUACAAGUCUGUCAACUUGGGUCAGGGCUUCCCGGACUUUGAUCCACCAGAGUUUGUUACCAAUGCUCUGAAACGAACGAUUGAUGCAGGUGGCUUCAAUCAAUAUACUAGAAGUCCUGGACAUCUGAGAUUGGUGAACGCCAUUGCCAACACCUACUCUCCAUUGUUUGGUCGUCAGAUCGAUCCAAUCACGGAGAUACUCACAACGGUUGGUGCGUCCGAAGCACUCUUUGCCGCCAUCCAAUCGAUCGUGAACAGAGGCGACGAGGUCAUCUUGAUCGAACCAUUCUUUGACAUAUACACUGGCGCCAUUAUAAUGGCUGGAGGUGACAUCAAGGCUGUGUCGCUGCGUGAAGACAAGACAUUGCGCGGGGAAGGCCAGCGUCGAUCGUCGGCCCAGUGGCGUCUCGAUUGGAGCGAGCUAGAGCAAGCUAUUACCGACAAGACAAAGCUCAUCAUUAUCAACAACCCGCACAACCCAACGGGCAAGGUUUGGUCUCGCGAGGAACUACUCAAGUUCUCCGAGAUAGUCAAGCGCCAUCCCAACCUCACGGUGCUCAGCGAUGAGGUCUACGAGUGGAUGACCUUUGACGACGCUGUCCACACUCGUAUUGCCACGCUGCCCGACAUGUACGAGCGCACAAUCACCAUUGGCAGCGCAGGCAAGACCUUCUCAAUCACCGGUUGGAAGAUCGGCUGGAUCAUUGGACCAAAGGCAAUCGUGGGCACCGUCGCCAACACACAUCAGUACAUCCCUUUCAGUGUGUCGACGCCAUGCCAGGAAGCUGUGGCCAUUGCCCUUGAAGAGGCACCAAAGCUCAACUACUUUGCCGAGCUCAAAGCUAUGUAUCAAUCAAAGCGUGACAAGCUGCUGUCUGGACUGACCGCUGCCGGUCUGGACCCCAUCGUACCAGAAGGCACGUACUUUAUCUUUGGUGACACGUCCAACAUCAAGCUGCAAGGUGACCAAGGUCAGAACACGUCGAUCACAGGCAUGGGCAAGCAUCUUCGCGAUUGGAACGUCUGUCGCUGGUUGACCACAGACAUUGGUGUCACGGCCAUCCCGCCCUCUGCCUUCUACAGUAUCGAGCACGAGCAAGAAGGUGCCAACUAUGCUCGCUUCUGUUUCUGCAAGAAGGAUGACGUAUUAGAUCGUGCCAACAGUUCACUAUUGAAGCUAAAGCAA